ACCCACAGCCCUGUUCGCCUAUCACCCUCUGCUAGCUAAGGAGAUAUUAUUAGUACGGUAAUGUAGGCGAAAUGGGUAAAUGCGAUUUAUAAUAUUUGCAAUCUUUUAGAAAACAGAAGCCCUCUUAAAACUGCAGCCAUGUUUGGUCGGUCACGGAGCUGGGUUGGAGGACAGGGAAAAACGAAAAACAUCCACUCCUUGGACCAUUUGAAAUACAUGUACCAUAUUCUGACCAAAAACACCACAGUGACUGACCACAACCGAAACCUGCUAGUGGAGACCAUCCGCACCAUCACAGAGAUUCUCAUCUGGGGGGACCAGAACGACAGCUCUGUGUUUGACUUUUUCCUGGAGAAGAAUAUGUUUGUCUUCUUCCUGAACAUCCUGCGUCAGAAGUCCGGUCGCUACGUCUGCGUUCAGCUCCUCCAGACCCUCAAUAUACUGUUUGAAAACAUCAGCCACGAGACUUCCUUAUAUUAUCUGUUGUCAAACAACCACGUCAACUCCAUCAUCGUGCACAAAUUCGACUUCUCCGACGAAGAGAUCAUGGCUUACUACAUUUCCUUCCUCAAGACCCUGUCACUCAAACUAAACAACCACACUGUACACUUUUUCUACAAUGAGCACACUAAUGACUUUGCCCUGUACACUGAAGCCAUUAAGUUUUUCAACCACCCAGAAAGCAUGGUCCGCAUCGCAGUCCGCACCAUCACGCUCAACGUCUACAAAGUAGACAACCAGCACAUGCUGCACUAUAUUCGAGAUAAAACGGCCGUCCCGUAUUUCAGCAACUUGGUCUGGUUUAUCGGCAGCCAUGUCAUCGAACUGGACAAGUGUGUGCAGACGGACGAAGAGCAUAAGAACAGGGGAAAGUUGAGUGACCUGGUAGCAGAGCACCUCGAUCACCUCCACUACCUGAAUGACAUCCUCAUCAUCAACUGUGAAUUCCUGAACGACGUCUUAACGGAUCACCUCCUCAAUCGUCUCUUCCUGCCUCUCUACGUCUACUCUCUGGUCAGUCCUGACAUGUCUGAUGAGCGGAGGAUCAGCCCUCAGGUUUCCCUCUAUCUGCUGUCUCAAGUGUUUCUAAUCAUCCACUAUCAGCCUCUGGUCCACGCCCUCGCAGAUGUUAUUCUCAACGGAGACCUUUCAGUCUUCAGCUCCCAGUCAGACAUGCAAAGCUCACACAAAAACACGGUCAGUGCAGGAGCAGUCCGUCGGUUCAUCAAACCUCUGGAGUCUCUGGAGCAAUCCCUGGAGUUAUCCCGACAUCGAGGCCGCAAGAGAACGCAGAAAAGGCCAAACUAUAAAAACCUGGGAGAGGAGGACGACGAAAGAGCGGGGGAAGGUGGCAGCAGUGUUGGAGGGGAUCUGGAAGAGGGCUGGGCUGACGACAGUGUCAGAGGAGGAGAGAAGGGAAAAGGUACAGAGGGAAUAGGAGGAGGAGGAAGUGGGAGUUCUAAGGGCAGCAGAGCGAGUGGGGAGAUGGCGGAAGAAAUAGAGAUGGUGGUGAUGGAGAAGUGUAAAGUGUCAGAGCUGACUGAACAGAACAUCACUGAUGAAGAGAAGACAGCUGCUGCCACCCGUGCACACACUCAAAGAAGCAGACCGUUCUUGGACAUGGUGUACAGCGCCCUCGAAUGCACUAAUGACGACUACCACGCCCUGUUUGUCCUCUGCCUGCUGUACGCUGUCUCCCACAGCAAAGGUGUAAACCGGGACCUUCUGGAGCGUCUCCAGUUACCAGUUCCAGACCAGGAGAGAAACUCUUACAGCGUGGUUCUUGUAGAAAAACUGAUCAGAAUUAUGAACCAGGCAGUGCAACCAGAUGGUAAAGUGCGCCUUGCUACUCUGGAACUGAGCUGUCUUCUACUGAAGCAGUCUGUGUUAUCUGGAAACUGCUGUAUAAUCAAAGACGUCCAUCUGGCCUGCUUGGAGGGUGCUCGAGAAGAAAGUCUGCUUCUACUGCGAACAUUCUACAAGGGCGAAGAAAUCUUUCUGGACAUGUUUGAAGAUGAAUACAGAAGCAUGACGAGUAAACCCCUGAAUGUGGAGUAUUUGAUGAUGGAUGCUUCAAUCUUGCUGCCACCCACUGGCACCCCCCUGACUGGCAUUGACUUUGUUAAAAGACUGCCUUGUGGAGAUGUGGAAAAGACUCGCCGGGCAAUCCGAGUGUUCUUCAUGCUGCGGUCCCUGUCACUCCAGCUCCAGGGAGAACUAGAGACUCAGCUCCCUCUGACCAGACCUGAAGAUCUCAUUAAGACUGAUGACGUUUUAGACCUCAAUAACAGUGAUCUAAUAGCCUGCAUGGUUGUCAGUAAAGAUGGCAUCCAAGCCCAGAGGUUCCUCGCUGUUGACGUGUACCAAAUGAGUCUGGUUGAGCCAGAAACCAAACGUCUCGGAUGGGGCGUCGUCAAGUUCGCUGGCCUUUUGCAGGACAUGCAGGUGUCGGGCGUGGAGGACGACAGCAGAGCUUUGAACAUUGUCAUUCAUAAGCCCAGCUCCAAUCCCCACGCCAAACCCCUGCCCAUCCUGCAGGCCAACUUCAUCUUCGCUGACCACAUCCGCUGCAUCAUCGCCAAGCAGCGACUGGCCAAAGGUCGCAUUCAGGCCCGACGCAUGAAGAUGCAGAGGAUUGCAGCUCUGCUGGACCUGCCGGUGCAGCCCAGUGCAACGGAGGUGUUGGGUUUCGGUCAGACAGCAAACGCAUCACCCACUGGUCUACCGUUCCGGUUCUACGAACAGUCGAGACGAGCGCCCAACGACCCCACGGCAAACAGAGCUAUGUUUGCUUCUGUUGACAAAGUACCAGGUUUCGCAGUGGCCCACUGUGUGCCACAACACAGUCCCUCACCCCUCUCCUCCCCAUCACCCACCUCCAGUGGGAGUGGAAGCACAGGGAGAUGUGACUCUGUAACUGCAAGCACUAUUUCAGCUCAGAGCCCUACAGAUGACGCUGCGUUUUUGGAGCGCACCCCAUCUUCCUCUUCAGGUGGAGAAGGUGAGGAAGUAAUGCGAGUUUCCUCAGCUCCUCCGACCCUGGCGCCGAGCCUCACUCCGGCCUCCCAGCCCACAAUCUCCCUCCUCUCGGACAGCAACGCAGACGCCCUGAGCGUAGAGUCGCUCACGCUGUUGCCUCCUGCGGACUCGCCCCACCUGCAUCCCCUCCCUUACUCCCUUCAAAGACUAAACGCCUCCAUCGCAGAGGAGGAGGAUGGUUUCAGAAAAAUAGACGAGGAUGAUGGGUCACCAACGAAUGAAACGGAUACGACCGUACAAGAUGAAACCACUGAAACGAAUGAGACGGUCACACCCACUGAUGAAGCUUCAGAGGCAGCAGACAAGCCGCAGGUCGAGGAUGCUCUUGUCGACAGUAUGACGGCGACAGAGUCCUUGAAGAGACAAGAGGCAGAGAUACGCACUGAAACACCCGAGUCACCAGAGCUGGAUUAACUAACCUGCACAAAAUUAUUUAUACACACACACACACACACACACACACAGGUCUAGCCCAUCCUGUUCAGCUGCUGUAUAUUUUGAUAGGCAGUGUGUGAUGUAAAUAGUCUUAAGAAGUCUUAAGGCAUCUCAUCGUCUGUGUUUGCACAUGAAGAAAGUCACUUUCUGCUCAGAAAACAAAGGACAAAUUCCAGUAGAACUCCAAGCACAUCAUCUUUUCUGACGCUUCAGUGUCGAGUCACGUUCUUAUCACACAAACGUCAACCAGCAAAGACUUGUACUCGAUCUGAUUCUGUAUGAAUAAACUCCAACUCACGUACAUGCUAAUGCUGCAACUGUCCGUUCACACAGUCCCUGCUAUGUUCAAACCAACAUGGUGUUCACAGAAAACGAUGAGUUGCACUCGUCGUUUCACUGUUAUACGUCUCAUCUGUGAACAGUUGUCGCCAUGGGUUUCUUGUGUGUUCCUAUGUGAUUUAAUUGUUUAACCCACAUGGAAAUUCACCAUAAUUUCUUGUUAAUCAACUCAUGACAAAGUCUUCUGUUAUGAGCUCAUACCCAGUUUGUUGUAACUCUUCCACCGCUGCCAGACAUUUGAAUUUACUGAUCGGAGCACAUGCUGAUGUGUGUGAAGGCAGCUUUUUAAAUGUGAUUGUUACCUGAGGCGGGUGUGAUGAUUAUUUAUGUAACAGCAACCACAAG